UUUUUUCUGGUUUUUUGCUGAUGUAACUAUGCCAGCCGCCACCCUUACACGCGAGCCGGCUUUCCUUCCUGUAGACCAGCAAGACUUUAUUGCACUGAAAAGCACCCCUGCGAACGCUCAUACCCAGUCGCAUUUGCCUCCUCAUACCAGAUAUCACAUCUCCAAUGAUCUUCCUGAUCGGAAAGCAUAUAUCGAUCGCACCGACGGCGCCCUUUCAACCCCACUGUCGACCUCCGUAGACGAUCAUUCAAAGUUUUCUUCGUCUUUUCCCCUUUUUUCCAAUCAUUAUAAGGACGACAAUGACAUGUCCACUUCCCAUGUCGAGCCGGUCGAUAACUCGUCUUUGCAGAACCUGUGGAAUCUGUUACAACCGCAUAAUCGGCACUCCAUGACGGAUACGCUCAAGUUCAUCCUCAACUGCUUUAUGUGGUACGCGGCUUCGUCACUGACCAACAAUAUCGGCAAACAAAUUUUGAAUGUGUUCAAGUUUCCCGUCACCUUGACCAUCGUUCAGUUUGCUCUCGUGAGUUUUUGGUGCUAUACGAUGGCCGCGGCGCUAAAAGUGACCCGGAUUCGAUCGCCCACCACGGAAAUUGCCAGAACCAUUGUUCCGUUAGCCAUUUUCCUGAUCGUGGGGCACGUCUUUUCCAGUGUCGCCAUCAGUCGCGUUCCUGUCAGUCUUGUUCACACUAUCAAGGCCCUGGCACCUUUGUUUACUGUGCUAUUUUAUCGCUUUAUCUUUCAAGUCCGUUACACAUCCAACGUUUACAUCUCACUGCUGCCGUUGACUUUUGGCGUGAUUCUGGCGUGUACCUUUACCUUUUCAAAUAGUUUUGUCGGACUCACAUGCGCGUUUGGAUCUUGCCUCGUCUUCGUGACCCAAAACAUCUUUAGCAAGAAACUGCUAUUCAAGGAAUCCAAGCUGGGUGACCUUAAUCCGAACAAGUUGGAUAAGCUGAACGUGCUGUUCUAUUCAUCCUUGAUCUCUUGCGUCCUCAUGAUUCCGUUGUGGUUAUAUUCAGACGGUUCCGGUUUAUGGGCCUGGCAUAGCAGCUCCACGACGGAGAUUAGUGCGAGCCAUCUGGCCGUUUCCUUCUUCCUCAACGGCACCAUGAAUUUUGCUCAGAAUUGGUUCGCUUUUACGACUCUCAGCAUGACAUCUCCGGUCACCUAUUCCAUUUUAUCUUUGGUGAAGCGAAUAUUCGUGAUUGUAAUGAGCAUUCUCUGGUUUGGUCAGCAAGUGACGAUGGCUCAAUCCUUUGGUAUUCUGUUGACCUUUGUCGGCUUGUGGAUGUACCAAAAUGCGAAACGUGACGUGGAUCGAGGCGAGUCAAAGGCGUGUGAAAAGAACAUGGAUGUCUUGCCCAUGUCGGGUCUGCCCCCCACCCACGAUUCGCCCAUGAAACGAACCUUCUCUACAGCCAAGAACUGGCGGAUACCGGGAUCCAAUUUCAUUAGAGAAACAAAACAACUGUGAUCCCUCUCCCUUUUUCGUCACCCUUCUUCCUUCCCACCUUGUCCUUCCGCUCCCUUUUUAUCUUUACACACCUGUCCAAUCUUUUCAUUCUUACCCUCGUUUGUUUUCUUUCAGUACUGGUUUUUUUUUCUUUCUGCAUACUUUAUCCCUUAAAAUGGAAAAAUAAACUUUUUUAGACAUACGUAUGCUGCUGCCUUGGUGAUCGACGAGUACCUAAGCAACUUUUCAUGGCGAUUUCUUUUCCUUCGUUACUGGAGUAUAUGAGACUCCACACUUUGGUUUCAUAACACUCCAGUAGCUUGAUUGGCUUUCUUUGGCAGGGAUGGGUUUCCGUGAAUAAUUCAAAACACCGCUGUCACUUUUUUUUAC